AUGAGAUUUCUCGGGGUUUACCUUGACCCAAAACUUUCUGGUGACAGGCAUAUGGAUCAUAUCAUUGCGAAGGGUAAGCGUGUUUCUGCCGUGCUUUCGAUGUUACGAGGAACAUGGUGGGGAGCUAAUCCCUGUCUUUUGCUCAAUAUCUAUUCAGCCAUGAUACGAGCUUCUUUCGAGUACGCCUCGCUUAUUUUCGCUCUUAAGCGCAACCAGUCAAUUAUUAAACUACAACGGAUUCAAAACCAAGCGAUCCGCCUUGCAUGUGGAUAUCGGAUCUACACGCCGAUUAAUGUCAUGCACGCUGAAACUAAGCUUCCUCUACUUAAACUAAGAUUUGAGUUAUUGGCAGCUAGAUAUUUUAUCAGAAUUUUAUCUAUCCAAGAACAUCCGGUUACCAACAUACUUUUGGACUUAUUUAUCUCGCUGUCCAAUCCUGGUUUCAACCAUUAUCUCAACAAGAACUUUCCUGCAGCAUUAGUCUUCUUUCGGAUGUGGUCUCACAGGAACACCCUCCAUACUACACCAGCGCUACCUGCCUAUCAAAACUCCUUUACUUCUACUGUUGAAAAUGCGGAUUUCCUCUCUCUUCCUAAAGCUAUUCUUAAUAACCUUGAUGAUCUACCUAAACACGCAGUGCAGCUCGUCUUUGAAGAACAUUUUCAAACCCAGUUACAUAAUGCCAAUGUGUUUUAUACCGAUGGCUCCAAAGUGGAUGAUAACACCUAUGUUGGUUCUGCGGUAUUUUCUCCGCAGCUCAAUCUGGAAUAUAUGUGUAAGCUCUCCCCUUAUGCGUCAAUUUUUACCGCGGAAGCUUGGGCCAUUUAUAACGCUAUGUUAUUUAUCCUGCAUAACGGAUUAAAACGAGCAGUAAUCGUGUCGGACUUUAAGAGCGUUCUAGAAACACUCAAAGGCUUUCGAAAUAAAACUAAUAAUUACAUCGUCUGUUAUAUUAGAGCUCUCAUCGAGGAAGCCAAGUUUAACAACUCUCAUAUUACAUUCAUUUGGAUUCCUUCGCAUCGUGGCAUUAAGGGGAACGAAACAGCGGAUGAGCUGGCAAAAAAAGCCAUCAGAGAAGGCAUUGACUCCAAUUUCAAAGUUCCCUAUUCAGACUUAUAUAUAAUUCCAAAAAGACAACUCGAUAGGAAUUUUGAGGACUACUUAAAGCAAUCGUCCAAUCAUAAAGGGGAAUUUUACUUCAAAAAUUGUUACAGCCAGGAAACCAAAAAACCCUGGUUCUAUGACGCUCGGCUCUCUCGCAUGUUAAUCACCACCAUGAAUCGUCUCAGAAGUAACCACUAUAAUCUUAAUCACAGCCUUUACAGGAAAAAUCUGAUUGAUGAUCCUUCGUGCCCCUGUGGAGCUCCCCUCCAAGAUCUUGUUCAUUUCGUCUUUCACUGUCCGCUCACCGAAUCCCAUGCCUCCCCUUUGAGAACUGCUCUCCAGGAACUUAUCCUCGAACCUACAAUAGACCCUUAUUCCUCUAUAAUCCUAGCGUUAAAUGCGGCAUCACCCAAGUUAUAUAGACUCUUUGCCAGUUUCGGUCUUGCCAACGAUCGCCGUCUGUAA